CAAGCUCCCCCAGCUGGGUGGCUGCACUGCUUUGCAUGCCAGUUGAUGUUAGGAGCAGUUUCCCCCCCAGGUCUUGGAGCUUCUCCACCUGCUCAGCCAACCUGGGGGGCUCAUCCUUAUCUUAGGGUCCACACCCAGUUCAUUCUGCAUUUCAGAUGUAAAUGACUUUCUGUGCAGGUAAGGAGAGAAGCAAAUUUGGGUGGAGCUUGCUUAUUUGGGAAAUGGAAGCUGAUUGAGAGAGGCACUGCUACAAGGCAGAACCUUUGGAUGCUCUGAGUGUCCUUGUGGCCUCUGUCAUCUCCGCAGAGCCUGCUGCUUACUGCCCUUCAAAUGGGUUUUGGCACUGGAAGGUGCAGUCUCUUUCCUCUGCUGUUCUCCUUGUUCUUGUGCUUGGUCUUGUAAAUGUUUGGCCUGGCCAAGAGAGGGGGCAGAACCACCCAGGCUGAGGGCAGCCAGAGCUCAGGGCCUCUGGGAGUGUUGGUGCAAUGGAGCUUGGAGGGUGCUCAGGCCUGCAGGAGAGCAUCUGCACAGGUGGGGCUGGGCUGGUGAGCAGCAGCCUUCUGCAAUGUGCUGGGGUUUUUAACUCAGUGCUAACUGUUACAGUUGCAUGCUGAUUAAUAUUAGAGUAACGCUUAAUGUAGCUGUUGCAUAAGGCUGUGAGCAAAGGCAGGUGCUUUUUACCGGUAGUAACUCCCUUUUUGAAACAAAUGGCUGGACAAUUGAAUUGAGCUGAUCCUGUGCUUCUGGAAUUGGCCACAAACUACAUUUCAAACAACUGCACGCAGAUGCGUGCGCUGUAGGCUUGGAAAUGCAUUGCCUUGCAGGGACCAGGUGAGUAAAUGCUGUUCCUGAAUAGAAUUCACACCUUCAAGAGAAGCCAUUUAAGUUUAAAAUCGCAUGUUGGUCACUGCUGGUAGCUGAUUUUUUUUCAGUCCCCUUUACCUCUGAUACAUGGGGAUGUUGCUGCUCCCACUCCCCAGCUGAGCCUGUGCGAAGGUGCUCUCCUCUCCUGCCUCAGUGGUGUGCACUGGUGGGGCUUUCCUAUCUCCUGGUGGCAAGGAAGCCAUUAGAACUGCAGAACUUGUUCACAGAGUUAUGCAGCAGUUACCUAAAAAAGAGAAGAUAGGAUGCUUGUGAAGUUAACACUACAAAUGCUUUUUUAAGGCACCUAGUACAACAGGACUGCUGAAGGGGAGAAGUCCAUUAUAGUGAUUAUAGUCCAAGUAUAGUGUCUUUUGUGAUGGGCAGGAAGCGAAGCUGACUACAAAUGGGAGCUAUACUGGAAGGUAAAAAACCUUCUGUAUAUUUUGAAAGGUAAAAGAAUGAAUUUAAAUUCACUUAAUGUCUGUAAUCUUUGUAUUAUUAGCUAUGAUCUGCUGAGAAGCACUCAGUCCUGACUUUUUUCUUUCCUCCCCUUCCACAGAACAGCAUUUAUAAGAACUGAAUGUUUUUCCUGACCUCUGCCUUUAGACUGUGAGCUCCCAAGAGCACAAAUUACUCUUCUGUAUUUUUGGACAGCAUCUGCAGGUAUUGAAACCUGCCACACAGAAUAACAGUGCAGCUCAAGAUGUGCUACUGCAGUCCUGGGUCACUUAGCAAGGAUCCAAUCCUGUGCACUGCUUACAGGAGGAAGGCAGUAGGGCUGCAGCUGGGUGUGAGGUGCAGGGCUGCUUUUAAGGCCCUCUUAAACCAGAAUGUUUCCAACGUGGUUCUCAGCAAGGUGCGAAGCUUGGAGAGUGAGAGGGAUAACACUGCAGGAUUUGCUGAUAAAUGCCUUCCUGGAGAUGUACCGAAGGGGAAAUACAGAUGUAACGCUGUAGAUGUGCCUGAUGCGGUACUGUUAGCUGGACUGUGGAGAUAAAAGAGGUGAGGCUGGCUUCAGGAUUGUUGUUUGCAAAGAUUGAGCUUUUAGGGUGAGGAGAGCAGAGCAGCCACAUCUGCCACCUUUGGGUGGGAGGUUUUUGCGCUUGACUGCCUUUUCUGAAGGAGAGAGCUGGUGGCUGUCCUUGUGCAGGCAAGUUUGCUUAGAUUUCUGCAAGAAUGUGAUGUUGUUCAUCUUGGAGACUCAGGCAACCAAGACAGAAUUAAAGCAUGAAAUCUGCUUGCUCAUGACCCGAAUCCCCUAAUCACAGCCUCGUGUAAGUGAAGGUCUUAGGCUGGGUUGAGUAAAGGGCAUCUCCAUGCAAGAAAACGUACAUCUGUCCUCAGCCUUCCAGAGUUAGAGAGCUUACUGGUGUUGAAAUGUAGUUGAAGGGUGCCCUUGCUUUGAGCCAGAGCAGCUGUGUGUGUCCCUGCUUUCCCCUGUGUCAGGCACAGCACCAGAGCCAUGGUGAGGGCAGGUGCCUGGCCCCUGGGGUGAGCCCGUGCCUUUUGGAACCCUGCCUUAAUUUGGUUGGGUUACAGCCUUAAUUUAACCUCUGUUCAGCCGGUUUUUCUUCUUUAGAUCUGGGAAGGAGCAUUAAUGUGGUUCAUACAGUAGUGUGGCUACUUUCACUGACCCUGUGAUUUGCUUCUGACUGUCUCUGUUUUCUGUGGAUGUUUUUCAUAGGGUGCCUCGCUAAUGCCAAGCCAGUGGUAAUCCCACACUUUGAACUUUGUGUUCGACUAAUUCCGGAUUGUGAGGCUGCAGCCAGAAAUGUAAGAUUAGCUGUUUUUUUUUUUUUUCAAGUAGGUGGCUGAACAGAAAAAGGAAUUAAAAAAAAGGAAAGGAAUUUCGUCCACUUUGGAUGAACCGGUAAAGAAAGAAAAAAGCAUUUGGCUUCAGUGAUCAACUGGAAAAAUGAUCCCAUUUUUGGCAUGGAAGUGGAGAGAAGAGCAUUUCAGUUGAAAAAUGUAGAAUUUGUUUAUUUAUUAGAUGAGAUGUAGAGGUCUUGGCCUUGAAGCACAGUUUCAGCUUAGAGGUAGAGAAGAAAAAUGGGAGGAGAAAUGCUGCUGCUCCACCACUGCUCCCUUCUUGUGAAGAAGUGCUCCAGUUUUUCUUUUGAAACAAGCUGAGAAUUCAGGUUAGUCACUGUAGAACUGAAUAAAUAAUUUCUCUGAAAAACACUGCCUAGCUUGUGAUUGUAGCAGAUGUAAAGGCAGAUGAAAAUGUUGCUGUGAGAGUACUUUAAAAGCACAGUUGGCUCAGAUAGGCUGUUGUGUAAACCAGGGGAACGUCUCUGAUUUUCCUUACCUGAGGAUCUGGCCUGCAUCUUGUUUUUCAUCUCCUUUCCUAUCCCACCCCUGCCACCUCCCAUGAUACAAAAGGUGAGUGUGUGCAGAGGAUUUCUUGCAGCAUGCAUUCAAGGACGGUUUUAGAGCUCUGAAUUUGAUCAGGAGGCUCCUCCUGGCCUCACAGGGGUGUUGUUUGCAGCUCCUGUGCAUCUCACGUGAGGCUGUGCUGCUGAGUGCUGAGAAAAUAGCAGCUCAGCAUCACGUUGGGUACAGAUCUUUGGGUUUUUGCUAAAAAUGGCAGAGAUGUUCAGACACCGUGCAAAUGCCCUUGAGAACCAAGGAACACCUGUGUUGUCACCUGAAGGUUGAAUUUAUAGCAAGCUGCCUUCUCAAAUAAGCUGAUAAUGGGUUGGUUGCUAAUAUCUGACUGAUGGGUUGAUAUUUGCACUGCUGCUGUUAGUACGUCACUGGGAUCAAGGUCUUCUGGUCACGAGGUGGAUGGAGCACGUCGGCCAGACCCUGCUCAGUGUGGGACCCAGGUGGGGAUGGGGUCCCAGCAGGCUGGGAUGAGGGCUCAGAGCCUCAUGGGUUGCCUGAGUUUAGAAAGGAGGGAAGACAGGGAGAUUGUAUCAAGUGAUGGAUGGAGGAGAGGCAGGGCUGGGACCUGGACCAGGAGAAAGGCCUUUGAAUAGAUGGCGGCAUGUGAGGGAGCGGUGUCACAGGCACCAGCAGGAGCCUUGUUAUAUGUGGGAUAGAAGCAUGGCUCCUGUGUACAGUAUUGCUGUCUUGUCUUUUUGCUAUAGAAUGACUGUCCUUUAGCUGAAGCUGGAUGGUCAGACCUAACUUCUGUUUUUGUGUGAGGCUGGGACUCUGUCUGAGGAAAAGUUAGUGUUUGUUCAUUGAAGUUUUGUGUUGGCGUGGGGAUUUACAUUGCAGAAUGUGAAGCUGGUGUUUCAUGUUGGCUUUCUAGCUACUGAACACGUGUGCUUUUAAAGAAAGUGUGGUUCUAAGGGAGGCUUUUGUCAAUAAACUCUGGUGUUUGUGCAGCAUGAUCGAGAGUCUCAUGGCUCUGCAGGCUAAAGGGGGAUGGAGUGCAGACAGGCCUGUGUUGGAGUCCCUGUGCGUUUGCUUUGCCCUUAAGGUAAAGGAUUAGGCUUGAAGAAAAGGAACGAGGUCAGGUCUAGACCAAGGAGUAGACUCUGGAAUCCAGCCAGAAGCGUAAGUAAGGCUUUUCCUGUAACAGCAUCCUAGAUGUGGCAGUUGUGUUGACUUAGCCGAAAUGAGACUGACAUCUGUAGGUCAGGCCUGAUUAAAAGCAAAGGAGGGUGGAGAAUAGCUCCACGGAGUAAAGAGGAUUUAAAGAUAAUGGCAGCGGGUGAUGCGCGGCCCUUACUUGCGGAAUUUGACUUGGCCUUGGACUCUCACCCCGUGAGCAGGGAGCUCUGUCAACCUGCAGAGCACUGUGGCUGCUGCUCCCUCCUUCCCUUGUUUGCAGUGCGUUUGGAUUCAUCCCUCCAAGCCUGUGACUCUUUGGAUAGAAGUCUGACUUGAGCUUUUGCCUUCCACCAUUCAAGGGAGGCCUUCCAUGCAAACCUGUAAAAGCUUUGUUCUACUAAAGGGUUGAAUGUCUGGAUCUUUUGCUUGCUACUGAUGAAAGACAUGGCAUUGCUGAGCAUUGUGUACCAGAGGCUGCUUCAGAAAAUAUUUCUGUGUUCCUUUUGACCCUUGCAUCUUUCUGCCUACCUUCAGUUGUGCUGGCUGCCCAGGAUGCUGGAGGUUGUUUCUUUGCUAAGGGAGGAGGAAAGAAGAGAACAAUUGCACUUCUGAAGCAAUAACCCUCGUGCUUCACAUUGUUUCCAAAACUGUGGUUCACUGCCACUAGUGGCUUCUUACAUGCUGAAUGUACUGCUCUCUGAAAGGCACGGAGGACUGCCAUUAUUUGAGAUGGGUGAACUGAAUCACGGGGAGGCCAAGUGACAUACUACAAACACAAUGAAGGAGCUUACUGCUGCUGCAGUCAGAAUACAGUAGGGUGCUUCCCUAGGAGGGGAUGUGAGCCUGGGGGGAGCUUUGGGGAGUAUAUGUAGGGAUGUCUGCAGUCUGCUGCCAGCCUUGCAAGAGGGAGGCAGUCUGCAUCACGUCCAGCUGCUGUCAGCUUCCCACCUCACACAGCUGUGGCUGGGCUGGCCUGUAGCCUGGCUCCAGAGAAGGGCUUGGAUUUUCUCCCUGGGGGCAGCAGCACAGUUUCAGUGCAGCUCUCCAGGUACUCAUGCUUAUUUAUUUGCUUGGAAGCAUUCUGGGACUGGUCCACUGUUCUGACUUUUCCCUGAUUAUUUCUGUCAGAGGAAAAAUGUCUGAUUUGAUUAGGUGAAAAUCUGUGUAGUAAAAAUCUGAAAGGAAGGGGGUGCAUAGUUUCUCCUUGAAGCAGAAGGUGAAGUUUCUAAAUGAAAACCUUUUCUAAGCAAAAUGAAAGUAGAGAAUUACUUGAUAUGGAAAGUACUGACUUCCCUACCAGCCUUGAGUUGCCUUCAGUGGGGAGGAAGUGUGGAAAUUGCCCUUGGCCUCUUUGGACCAGCUCUGCCCGGUGGUUUUACCAUGAAGUAAGAGUUGCACCAGAGCUGUGUUAGCCCCCUCUGAACUCAAGGGGCAUGUGAAUCCUGCCAGAUGUUGCUCCCUUCUCUGUAGCUGUGGCGCUAUGAAGUGCCCACAGCAUUUCUUGGAAUUGCUCUUCGCAUUCAGGCACUCAGUCCAGCCAGCCAGCUCUGGUUGUCGUGGCUGUUCACAUCAGUCUGCUAAUAACUCAUACACUUGGGGAAAUAACAGUGCAAGCACUGAUACUGUUGCACAGAGUUCUGGGCCUCUCUGUCAGGAGACCAGCAGUUGUUUGAUUUUGUGGAAAAUGAAUGAUCUCAGCUCUCAUUGUAGUCCCUAAAUUCAUUUUCAGCUGUGACAAGGGCCAGGAUUUAAACUUGUGUCCCCCAAAGUAAAACGCAGUUAAUUAGCCCACUCUAUCAUGCAGCCAUUCUCGGUUUAACAAAGGCAGUGCAUUCAGCCAGGCAGUUCUUGCUCAUAAGCGAUGCUGACCUUUUGAGCUGCAUGUAUGGCAGCGUGCUUGCUCAGAGCCUAAAGUCCAUAUGUUUGCAUUCCCUUUUCAGCAGCGCUUCUUAACCCCUGUGUACUGCCUCAUUAUAAUGCUGCUGCUCUCAGAAACUUCUGGCACCUGUGCGUGUGUUAAGCUUGAAUGAUGAUUUGUGUUAUGGCAGUGACUGUGGGUUCCUACCAAGAUCAGUCUGCUACAGAAUGAAAGAAAGGGGAGGGGGUUUACACCCUAAGGAGCCCCCAGGGUAACACACAGGAUUAUGUGACUUCAGUCAGUAACUGCCCCCUGUGAAUGGGGUUCAUGCAGUGAUGGAGGGAUAAGUGAGAUGGCCCCAGGCAGCUCUUGGUUUCCGGGCUGGAGGAAGGAUGUGGGAGCCCUCAUCUUGAGUCCUUGGCUUCCUGUUCUUAGCUGAGCACAUCUCUCAGGCUGCAAACGUGUUUGCGUCAGAGGCUGAUAAGCAAGAGCUCAAUUCCGAGUGCUGAUGUGGGAGAUCAGAUGUGGAGAGGUACAGCUCGCAGUAAUCCAGCAGGAAUGAAGAAGCCCUGUAGCAGGGGCUGUGCUGUUCCUGCCAUGCCAGCUUUGCUUCUGAAGCACUCGUAAGCCCAGCGGAGCUGCUCUGUGAUGCAGUCAUGGCAGUACCUUCCUUGCCGCAUGCUCUUGGAGCCCCAAAUGAGCUUCUCGGAUGUCACACAAGGAAGUGAAUGUCACUGUGGCUUGGUUGCUGAAAAGUGCCUUUCCUGAAGCCACCGCUGCUUGGAUUUCUGUCUAGGGCUGCCUCUCUCUUCCCCUCACCCCUUUCUUUUUAAUUUGGCGUUGCUUGCAGUCCAUACCUUGACGGCAACUCAUCCAUCCUCUUUUUCUUUUUUUUUUUUGUGCUCCCUGUUUGCACGCAGUUUGCUCAGCCAUUUUUUCUUCCCCCGACUAUGUAGCAAAUAUUAAAAAAAAAAAAAAAAGGAAAGAAAGAAAAACCUGACAUCCUUUUGCUCGUUUUGAUGCUCGUGAACAGUAAUUUUAAGAAGCAAGAAAAAGAAGGAAAAAAAAAAGUUUUCCCCCCAAGGACUGAGACCAUUCCACAAACUGAAGUGCUGCCAGCAGCAUAUGCUUUUUGCAAGAAUAAUUGAAACCAUUAACCGGAGAGCACAGAAUUCUUUUGAAAGUCUGCCAGUUAUUUUCAAGUAACUUCGGCAGUGGCACAAAAUAUAACACUUAUAUUUUAACUUCUACAAUUGCACUUUUAGGAGCUGGCCUCUAAUUUGAUUUUCAGUUACUCUGAUAAGAUUUCUAUUUUAUGAUUGGCUUUAUGUUUGAUUCUUGUUUAAACAAACACGAUUUGACUUAAAUGAAAACCUAAGUGCUGAUGAAUAGGAGUUCUACCAAAGCAACAAGUUAGUUAUUUCUUCACGUUUCACUUGAAUUCACUUUUUUACCCUUUUUUUUAAAUAAAGAAGAUCAGCAGUAAAUAUUGCCCUGAAGAAGGGUGCGAUUGCUUGCAUUUUAAUUUUUGUUUUUAAUAUGGCUGUGAACGUUUCCCUGGUUCGUGAUACAAAAUGGCUGACGUUAGAAGUGUGUCGAGAGUUUCAGAGAGGAACUUGUUCUCGGUCUGAUGCAGAGUGCAAGUUCGCCCAUCCGUCACGGAGUUGCCAUGUGGAAAAUGGUCGAGUUAUUGCCUGCUUUGACUCCCUAAAGGGCCGGUGUACCCGAGAGAACUGCAAAUAUCUCCACCCUCCCCCACACUUAAAAACACAACUUGAAAUAAAUGGACGCAACAACCUGAUCCAGCAAAAGACGGCCGCAGCCAUGUUUGCUCAGCAGAUGCAGUUCAUGCUACCAGGCACGCAGCUACAGCCAAUCACAACAUUUCCUGUGACUCCAUCGCUUGCAACAAGCCCCACAAUGGCUUUUAGUCCCUACCUGAGUCACGUUUCUCCUGGGAUGGGCUUGGUUCCUGCGGAGCUUUUACCAAAUACUCCUGUCCUGGUUUCUGGAAAUCCAACUGUUACGGUACCAGGAAGCUCUGCUGGGCAGAAACUGAUGCGUACGGACAAACUGGAGGUUUGUCGAGAGUUUCAGCGUGGAAAUUGCACACGUGGUGAGAACGACUGCCGCUACGCUCACCCUAUAGAUAUUGCGAUGAUAGACACAAAUGAAAACACUGUUACAGUUUGCAUGGAUUACAUCAAAGGUCGAUGCUCUAGGGAGAAAUGCAAGUACUUUCAUCCCCCUGCACACCUGCAAGCCAAAAUCAAGGCAGCUCAACAUCAGGUGAACCAGACAGCUGCAGCUGCAAUGGCCCUGCCGCCUGGUGCACUUCAACCUUUACCAAAGAGGCCAGCACUUGAAAAAAACAAUGGUGCCACCACAGUCUUUAACCCAAGCGUUUUCCACUACCAACAGGCUCUAGCCAACAUGCAGUUGCAACAGCCUACGUUCAUCCCCACAGGGUCAGUUCUGUGCAUGACACCCACUGCAAGCGUUGUGCCCAUGAUGCACGGUGCUACGCCCACCACUGUGUCUGCAGCAACAACUCCUGCCACCAGCGUCCCCUUCGCUGCAACAGCUACCGCCAAUCAGAUAUCCCAGUUAUCAGUAGAUGAACUGAGUAGCAGCAUGUUUGUUUCACAGAUGUAGAAGUUCCCGAUAGAACACAGACCAUGUUGAAAUUCUGAACCAUAAAAUUAUGGAGCACCAGGACUUCUUGGUGGGAAGCUGCGCAUGGCCUUUCUGUAUAUAUCCCCUCUUCCCUUCUAUCGUUCUUUACCACCUCUACAGUAAGCCUGUUGCAGCCUACAUGUUAACCAAAAACUGAUCAAUGGGAAUGUCAAAAAAAAGAAAAAAAAAGAAAAAAAAGAAAAAAAAAAAGCACUAUAGAAACAAUUAACAAACAGCGCUCUGUUAUAUGAGAUAUACAAGUAGAAAAUUAUAAUAGACUUUUAUAACACAUUACUUUAACACACUUAAUCAUUUUAUGACUACCAUCCUGAUAAGUGCAUCUGCACAGCGGACUGUUGGUUUACUGUAUACUAUCGAUGGAUAAAUGUUUGUCUUGUUUUUAAAGUGUUAUCUUACUGUUUUGUUUACAUCAUAGUCUAUUGAUUUGUUUUAAAGUGUACAUCAUUAUCAAGUAUACUCAAUACCAUUUUUUCAUUAUUGUUAUGUCUUAAGUUUUCAUAUACUGUAGGUUUUAUGGAGUUUUGUUUGUUUUUCACUAAAAAUGUUAUCGUGGGAAACAGGAAUUAUGUGCUUGAAAAACACGACGCAGGAAUGUUCUGCCCUUGUCUGGAUAUUGCUGUUCAUGUCAGCUGUUUGUGUUAAAGGCUCCUUUUAUCGUUUAAAAUUUGCCUUCAGAUAGUCUCCAAAUUUUUAGUACCAAUGAUGUGCAAGGCCAGCUGUGAUUUCAGUCCACUUCAGAGUAUUUCUUUAAAUGGAGUGAGCUGAUUCUGGAAACUGGAGGGGAAAAAACAAAAGAGAAAGACAAAAACCCACUCUCAGUUAAGGGGAUAGGAAAGAUUUGGUCAGAAUUUCUGCAGUUCUGUUGUAUGUUGAAGUGCAUUCUCAGCUGCAAAUGGCGCACAAUCUUUCUUGAUGUUCUCGUGCUGCAGUGGAAAGCAAUAGGUGGAUGAGUGAGAUGUUUUCCUUUGGGCGUUUGCAUUGGAGAGGAACAACUGCCAACUGUUAGCUACAAAGCUGGAUUAGGCCCAUCAUCGUGGCUUGGCCCCAGCUGGGUAAUCCUGUGCCCAUGAGCAUCUCUUCACUGAGCCUGCUGAAACAUCUCAGCCUGAAAUCUGGUGACCCUUCCUGAAAUUCUGUCAGCGUGCACCAGUUCUUUAAUCACAUUGACCAUGACUUGGUGAUUUUUCCCCUAAUUUCUGGCCCUAUAAAGCAAACACAGCAUAAUAAACCAGGAGAAAUUCUACCGUACAUAAACAUCCAUUUUUAUCAUGUUCCUAGAGGUUGGUGGAUGUGGUCUGGCACCUUCUACUUGAUGAAGACCAAUGUUUGUCACACAACAAGGGCUAGUUCUCAAUACCUCCUUGUCAUGCGCAUGAAUAAAGCAGCUCCUUGCCCACACACGCACCCUGGGCAGCACUGCCUGGUGUUGUGCUGCCUUGCUGAACGAUCUGGCUACACAGAAUACGUUUUAAUUUGAGAAUGCAGCUAAAUUUGUCCCUGUCACAGCUCUACUGCUGUACUAUUGCUGGCAUCAUGGAAGAGAUGGAUUUGAUCCCUCGACUUCAUAGAAGUAUGAAGUGCUAGGAGAAAGAGAAUCAUUUUUAAAGCCAGGGGAUGGGCGAAUUGUUAGUGUCCUGCUGCCCUGAGCUUGCAGUGAUUUUGUGGGGUGCCAAGAAGAUUCCUUUUUUUUCUUUCCUUAAUCUUGGGUAGAGAAUGUCCUCUGUGGCUGCAGAUGUACUAAUAGCCAUGCAUCUGCGUGGACCACAAGGGACAAAGGGGCAGGCUGGGCACAACAGGUAUGGCCCAGGACAGGCUGCAACCACCUGUGUGUGGAGAUGCAUUCAUAGCAAGCACCUUUGAAGAGUCCGGUUCAGAAAAGCCUCAAGCCAGAAGGAAUCUUCCCAUUCAUUUCAGCAGGCUUUGAACCUAACCCUAAAAGAGGGGAGAAACCCACGCAGCCCCAACCCUCAGCCAUGCACCUCAUGUUCUGGCAGUCCCUCGUGUCCAUGAAUGCUUCCCAGCCGCCAGCAUUCAAAAGCAGGCAGUGUUGCCUGCAAUUAGUGGCUGUCAUUUAUGUUGGCUACCGCCUACCUGUUCUUUUAACCACUGAGUUUCUGUUUCCCAAAACCAUAACAUUGUUAGUGGAAAAAGUGGAUUUGAGUACUUCCUGUUUGAAAUUAUUUGUGUAUCAAAAUGGGUUUUGCACAACCUGUGCCAGUGCCUCAACAAAGAACAGAGCUGAUCUUCUUAAGCCAGAAAGGAUGCAUUCAAGCUUGUAUGGCUUUAUGAGUUAAAGGAGGUUGGAACUUUUUCAGUGCUAAAUGGAUUUUUGUAUAUCUUGACACUUUGAUGUAACCUCCUAUUUUAUUUAUCUACUUAAACAUCUGGCAUAGAUGUGCAUAGAAUGUAAACCUAGAAUACAGCUGUUUUCACGUCACAUUUAAAGCACUGAAAAAAGAAAAGCGUUUAAGGAUUAUUUUUUAUUAAAGAGGUCCGAUGAGGGAUGUUCAGGGUAGUUAUAUUAGGUGCCACAACAGUUUUUAUAUUGCUGGCAAAUUUAGCGUUAAUUUGUAAAUGAGUUUAAGGAAAGAAAAGCUUGAAGCACUAAACUUCACCAAAUUCAAAACAAUCUCGGCAAAAAUGCCAUUUGAGGUAGCACUAUUGAAACUAGUUGUGCAAUGACUUGCUCUAAUUUUCUUUGUUCAAGAAAGAAAAAAAAUGAAAAAAGAAAAAAAAAAAAAAACCAGUCGCCAGACUAUAAAUUUCCUAAAUAGACUCUUACAAAGUCACCGAGCUCGUUAGUGACUCUAAACAAAUGUCAUAAAAGCAUGAAUAUCAUCCUUUAUUUGACAAGAGAUGUAUGUAAGUUUGUUUAAAUCAAUAUAAUUUUAGUGACAUUUUUAUAAGCUUCCCACUUUCCAUGAACCUAUAUUUUUUAUUUAUCCAAAGUGAUUUCUCUUUGUCCAUUUCUCUCAGCCUUAUGCAAACAAUAUGCAAGAAAUGCUGAAACUUGGAUAAAACGGGUCAUGCAGAGGGAAAAUGAAAGCUGAGAUUGAUCAUUUUCACGCAAAAGGUUGUUAGUAGUUUCAAUAAAAGUACUACUACUAAACUGUAACAUAAGCAGACAAUAAAAGAGGGAUUUAAAAUAAAACGGAUUCAUAAAACUAUUAAGAUUAUUUUUGUUAAAUGCAGUGUUGUUAGUAAUUCGGAACACGAUUUCACAAUCAAUGUUGUUGGUUUGGUUUUUUUUUUGGUUUCUUUCUGUUUUUUGGGUUUUUUUUUAGUUGCAAGUUUCUAGCUGAUGAUGUUUUUGACUUUGUAUUUUUGCAUCGUGAUGUCCUACAAACCAUUCCCUCCCAGGGCAGCCCACGCCGGCCCCCCGCUCCUGGAUGCUGUGUGGAGCGGCCUGGCCGUGCUCCCAGCAUCCCGAAGGCAAGGCCGCACAGCCGCUCAGCCCCGCUGCCGGCGCCUCCCGGCCCGCUGGGCAGCCGCAGCUGUGGGAGGAGCAUCGGGGCGGCAGCGGAGCUGGCUGUGAGCCUGCGCUGGGUGCCGGUGGGACGAGGAGCCGCGUGUGUCGGAUGAGGAAUCUGCUCCAGCCUCGUGGGCCCCUUGCUGGCGCCGCAGGGCAGCUCUGGGACACGCAGUGAGUGAGAAACUGGAUCCUCGUUGGGUUUUGGUUCUGAUCCCUUGUACAUUUCACACGCGCGAGAACGGAAGAAGGUGAAAUCUAUGAGGAAAAUCUAAUUUCCCAUUCCUGUUGAAUGGAUUUAGUUUGAUAUUGACCUGAUUUUACCACGUGCCUGUUGAAGGCCUUAGAGUAUAUACUGUAUGUUAAAGACUGUAAUAACUUUCAUAGUUGCUAGCCUAAUCCCAAUGUAAAUACAGCUCCAACACAUUGUUACUGGGCUACAACGCAUUAACCCGCGUCAUGUAUUUCCAUUUCUUUACCAUUAGUUCGUAAGGUUUUUCACUAUUGCUUUUUUGAUACCUUUAGUAACGAAUGAAUUUAAUUUUGAAGGAGAGCUAGAGAAAGUUGAAAGCUUUUCAUACAUCCGUUCAGCCCGUUUAGUUCUCUUCUAAACCAACACUGAAGCAUGGUAAGGUGUAGAACGCAGUCCAUAACUUGUCUGUAUAGUUUACAGUUUAAGAACAAAAUUAACUUUGUAUGUAACUCCUACAAUGAUAGAUUCAUUGUUAACUAAUUAUAUUAAGUUGUUGUUGCUAUGGCAACAAAACUACAACAUGGCUACCUUUGUAUACGUUAUUUGUGAGAUUUUCACAUGUAAAUUAAAAGUGAUGUGUAACAGUAUGAGCUUGUGAAAGGUACAGUUCGAUACUGUCAGAUAAAGAGAUGACUGAAUAUUUUUAAAAUCCCAAAGUCCCAUGUGAACGCUGAAUCGGUGUCUCUACGUCACUUUUUCAGUCGAGAAGUUUACAACACAUGGAUUUAGAGUCAGGUUUUAUAGCUUGUAGAAAAUUGUUGUGUGGCAAGGGUUAUUCCACAGUAUUUUAACUCCGACAGCACGACGGGCUGCGUGGGGACGUAGUGAUGGUCGUUCCUUCAUUUCACACUCACCGCCAUUGUGGGAAUUCCGAACCCAUCCCUCUCAGUACUGUAGCUCUGCUUGCAGUUUUCUGUUGGGUUUGCUUUUUUUGUUUUUAAAUUCUUUUUUUUCUUUUAUUUUUCCUGAAAUUGAACACUCGUGUGAUUAUGUUACGAUCAGGGCUAAAUGAUGAAAAAACGUGUAACUAUUUUAAUACUAAUUUAUAUCAGCAAAAACUGUACAUAAGAAAAAGAAAAAUAUUGUGGAAUGACCCCGUAACAGUGUUGAAGAUACCAAUAUGCUGCAGUUAAACUGAUUCAGUUAGUGUACGAAUGUGUGAGACACACCUUUUUUGCACUUAUGUACAUAGUCCACGAAAGAAAUCCUUGGAACUUAUUUUGAAUAUAAAAAAAAAAAAGUCUGUAAUAAUACAGGAAAAGUUUGUAAAAGAGAUAGGUAUUACUAAGGCUUUGAAAAGGAGGAGUUUUUUGCUAUAAAACUUAUCUGAAAGCAUGAUGUUGCUUUGCUGUUGUAAAAGCUUUGUAGUUUGCCAUAGCUUAUUAUACAGCAGACUGAUACCAGGUCAGCUCCAACCUGCAGCACGGAGAAAUGGGAAACAGUGCUUAAUGAAUUAGUAAGGUCACUAGCAAAGAUUUUGUUUUGAAUCAGCCUGCAUUUCCACACACAGCCGAGGUCAUGUUUGUGGUGCUUUGUGUUCUCAGUGAGUCCCAUUGGGGCCGAUACGGCGGCGGUGGCACACAGCCAUUCUGCCCAGCGCCUCGUCCCUGUUUCUGUCUGGAAGUGUUUCUCUGUUGUAGGUGACUGUUGUUGAGGUGCUUGAAAUCCCAGAGAGGGUUUGAACCGUUGCCGUUUGCUGGGUUUUGUGUGGUUUUGUGUUUUCUCACCGUUACGGGCCAAGCCAACUAAACGGAGCAGCUGAAAAGCAGUGGAGGGCUGGGAGUUGUUUCAGAUGGGCUUGGGAUGGAUUGGGACUUUCCCCUCCAGUGCCACUGUUUUAGUGCUCUUCUGAGAGAGUGAGAGGGCCUGGCAGCAGAGCGUGGUGCAGCUGUGGGCUGGGUGCUGGGUGCUGGGCAGGGAAGGCGGUGCCGCUGUGCUGGGUGGCAGCACGGUGCCUCUGGCUGGGUGCAGCCCUGCUGCCCUGCCAUGCAAAGGGAGCACAGCCCUGUCCCCAGCCAGGGAGGCACCGUGCUUCCAGGAGCUGCUGGCCAUGUGCUCCCACACAGCCCCGGCUUCCCCUGCUUCUCCAGGGCUGCCAGGCUGCACGGAGGUGGUGGGAAUCCUGGGCAAAGCCCUGUGCCCAUGCAGGACCAGGAGAUGCUCUCAUACGCAAGCUAGGUUGUCUGCAUGUUGCUUUCCCAAAUGGAAUGUUAGCUGUGACAGAGAAAACAGAAGAUGAAUGAUGUAGAAUAUCCGUUCUCUGCAGCAGAUUGCUGAUUCCCAGCAAUCUGGGUCCCCAGGCUCUUGAUUCCCUUCCCACUCCUGCUCUGUUGCUUGCACCGCAAUGCUCUGCAGCACUGAGGGAGGUGUGGGGAAGCUGGGAGGCCUGCAUCGAGCUGCUUAUUUUUUGAUCAGAGCUAGUACUUUUGUUGCAACCUCACCCCUCAGAUUCGCUUUGGUAAGGCCCCCAUGUCCCUCUAUCCCUCCCCUGCCCAUCCUAGUGCUCUGGGCACUGCUGCUGGCCUCCCAGAGAUUGCUCCCUUCACGUUGUCCAUGAAUGUCCCCUGCCCAGCCCAUAAUUCACCACGUGAUCCAUUGAAACGCACGCUUUGCUGAAUCAGAGCCUUAGCAUCAUGUGGUCCCAGCGUCUGUAAGGGGAAAAAAAAAAUCAGAUGUUGUCUCUUUCCGUGUGCGUUACAAUAAUGUCGAUUUUAAUAUGAAAUAAUCAGCAAAUUCUGGCCACUGUGCUCUUAAAGCUUCCCUUUACUGUAAUCAAUUUUUGUAAUCAAGCUCCUCAUUUCUAGGAUUACAAGAAAAAAACUGUUUUGCACUAUGUGAAAUGAAUCCGAGACGGUAAACUUCUUUUGCUUGGGGAUACGAAAACGAUCACAACAACAACACUGCUAAAAUCUUUGCUAGUGAUCUCUACUGACAUCUCUAUAUCAAAAAUAACUCUGCCUCUCAGACGAGAUAAUUAAACAUGCAAAAAUAACACAACUGUUAAAUAACACAAAGUUCUUUUUCCAAACACACAACAGAGAGAAUUACCUGACACUGAAUUACAAGGUUCCAGUUCCUUAUUACUGUACACAGAUGCUAUUUGAUAGUGGUGGAAGCCAAAUGAUUUUGUUGCCAUGGCUUUUGUAUCCUAGCAGAUGAGGGGAUGAUAAGACCAUUCUUAGAUUGGGUUAUGGGAUUUAUUCGCUUUGUUUUGUUUUUCCUUUUCCGAUUAGCUUUCUUUUAAUUCUGUUUCUAUUUUACAUCAUGAAAAUGAGACGAAACUCCCCGUGCUCCUGAUCAUGUCACCUGACAGCAGGUCGCUUUCUUCUUCCGUAGAAGUAGAGAAUUGUACUCUAGGCAAUCACAGAAAUCAGAGAAUGUUCUCCAAAAUGGUCGACUUCUAAUUUAGGUCUAUACAAACACUUAUACCGUACUGUGUGAAGUAGAUAUUUGAAGCAAUUCUUCUUUUCAUAGGCAUUUCUGGUACAAGAGAAACAUUAGGUAUCAAUUUAAUGGUAUAGUUUAGCAUAUAUACAAACAACUACAGUUAGCCCUGUGGCAUUGUAAGAAACAACAUACCAUCAGAUUCAGGCAGGCAUAGGCUAUUGCAGUGGUUCAGUUCCAUAACACGAUAGUUCAUUCCCUCAACUGCUACCAACAGGGUGUACGCUUGGAAGUUCUUUUUCUUUUUGCCACGUUAUAUUGCUGUAGUGCCUGUAUGUGCUUUAGAGAUGUGCAUAAUGCUACUCAUUUUAGUAUGUUACUUCUAUAUUGUUAUUGUUUAUUUUUUUGAUCUUUUAAUAAAGUGUAUAAAAUUCUUGGUUAUGUUUUUUAUGGAUCCAUAUCUACGCAUUAAUAGGAGUUGAAGAACUUUUCGAGUUCUGGUUUAUUAGUCCCGAUCUUUAAAGGUUCCGAUGUAAAAAAUAAUGACGAAUGGAUUUGAUUCAAUGUUAUAUCUUAAAGUGUAGAACAACAGAAUAAAUUUCUUUCCAGAAAAUAC